GGUCAGCUGUUGUACAAGUAACCUCAAAAGAGAAAGAUUUGAAACAAAACAUAGAAGAAUGAGAUUGUUAUCACAAAUAUUUCAACCGAUCAUAACAAUACCUAAAGGUGCUAAAAUUAAAAACACGGAAAUAACCUGUAAAAGUCAAAAGCUGCUUCUAGAAUGUGGUUUAGUCCGUCCAACAAGUGCUGGCUUCUUCACAUUGCUCCCUCUCGCAAGACGAGCCAUAACAAAACUAGAGAAUAUCAUCCAGCGCUGUUUAGAUGACGUCGGAGCUCAGAGAAUCACAUUGCCGUGCCUUACCACGGCUAAAUUGUGGGCAACGAGUGGCCGACUUGAUGAUGUUGGUCCGGAGCUCAUCAAAGUUGUUGACAGACAUGGCAAGAAGUUUUUAUUGGCUCCGACACAUGAAGAAGCAAUUGCCGACCUACUCGCUGACGUCGGUCCCGUAUCAUACAAGCAGCUGCCCCUCAUUCUGUAUCAGAUAGGUAACAAGUACAGAGACGAACACCGCCCCAAGCACGGCUUACUCCGAGCGCGCGAGUUUAACAUGAUGGAUGCGUACAGCGCGCAUAUCUCACACGAAUGCGCUGCCAAAACUUACAACGCACUCACAGACGCCUACCACAGGAUAUUUAGGACACUGGACGCUCCUGUGUGUAGAGUCGAAGCUCCUACUGGGGAAAUGGGGGGUAGUUUGUCCCACGAGUGGCAGCUACCAGCCCCAGCGGGGGAAGACGCCCUCGCAGUGUGUCCGUCCUGCUCACACACCGCCCUCGCCAGCGAUAAUAAUACGUGUGUUAAGUGCGGGAAAGAGACAGAACGAGUUAACAGUAUAGAGGUGGGACACACUUUCGUCCUAGGCACAAGAUACAGUGAACCCUUGCAAGCUAACUUCGUCGGCCCGGAUUCGUCUGCGCCGAUAUACAUGGGUUGCUACGGCAUUGGUAUUACAAGAUUGCUGGCGGCCAUUUUGGAAGUGAUGUCCAGUGAGAAGGCAAUGCGAUGGCCGACAGAGAUCGCGCCAUACACGGCUGUUGUCAUCGGCCCUAAGGAAGGCUCAAAAGAGUGGUCUCAGCACGAUUUCAACAAGGUUCAAGAGGUAGCGAGACAUAUAGAUGACAGUGGUUUCAGAGAUGACGUCGUUGUAGACGACAGACAUACGCUCACUAUUGGGAAGCGAUUGAUGAUGGCGGACAGGACCGGCUACCCGUACAUCGUAGUGUGUGGCAGAUCAGCGCUAGAGACUCCGCCUCGCUACGAACUGUACAGAAGCACCCGGGGCGAAGCCCUACCACCACAGCUGUUCACUCUCGAUGAACUGAUAAAUGUUAUGAGAGAAAAUAAAAUAAAUAUAGAUGUAGAGUAUAUAGAAAAUGUGAAUAGGGCAAAAUAAACUUGUAACGCCA